AUGAAUGGCAAUGGCAAUGCUAACGGCCAUUCGAAUGUCACCGAGGGGGCUGAACUGGACCGGUAUCUGACGCGCAAUGUGUUGGACCAGUUCCUUCUCAAGGACAAUGUCGUUGUGAUCACUGGAGGUGGUCGAGGCAUUGGCCUUGCGCUGGCAUUCGCUGUGGCCGAGGCGGGCGGAUUGGUUGCCAUCGUUGAUGCUCUGCCAGAGCCUCACGAGCAUUACACGCAGUUAUUGAAGAUCUCGCCGAAGUCCAAGUUCUACCGGUCCGACGUCACCGAUUUCAACCGGUUGAAAGAGACAUUCGACAGUAUCGUUUCCGACUUUGGCCGGAUUGAUGGGUUAGUGACGGCCGCCGGAGUCUGCUUCGACAACCGGUUUCUCGACAAGACGCCCGACAGUGUGGUCCGGACUUUCAGCAUCAACGUCUUUGGGACUUUCUUCGCGACGCAACUGGCCGUGGCGCAAAUGAUUCGCCAGCCCCGAAAGCCGAAUGCGUCGGGUGCUGGGUCCAUUGUGAUGAUCGCGUCUGUGGCGGCACACCAGUCCAGCAACCACCAGUUUACGAGCGACUACUGCUCGAGCAAGGGGGCGGUCGUGUCUCUGAAGAGUCAAUUGGCUGUUGAGCUCUCCAAGGAUGGGAUCCGGGUUAAUUGUAUUUCUCCAGGAUAUAUCAACACCGACACCCUCGUCAACUACGGCAAGCUGCACCCCAAAGUCGCCGAGGUGGCUGUGACAGAGCCCCCUUUCCACCGUAUGGGAGAUAGGAGCGAACUCAAGGGCGCCGCCGUGUAUCUUUUGAGCGAGGCGAGCUCUUACAUGAGCGGGUCGGAGAUGCUGGUUACGGGAGCACUACAUGUUGGUCGCUAUUGGGAUGGAAGCUGA